AUGAGUGGAGGUGAUUUCUCGCGCCCCGUGGCGCAGCGGCUGCCGCCGGACUUGACGGAAAGUCAGAAGCAAGACAUCGCUGAGGCCUUCCGCAUCCUCGACGUGGACAGUACGGAGACGAUUACACCCAACGACCUCAAGGUCGCCUUUCGCGCCCUAGGUUAUGAGCCGCAGAAGGACAUCAUUAAGAAGCUCGUGGCAGAGAUGGACAAGAGCGGCGUGUCGAGCAACCUCAUCCUCCCCGAGUUCGAGGCCAUCAUGAAGGGGAAGUUCUUCGCGGACGACAACGAAGAGGUGCGCCUCGCCUUCCCGCAUUUCACAGGGGGAAACUCGGAGUACAUCACCCUCGACGACCUUAAGCGGGUGGCAGCGGAGGUUGGUGAGGACAUGCCGGAGGAUGUCUUGAAGGCGAUGAUUGAGGAGGCAGACGUGCUUGACCACGACAACCGCGUGUCGAGGGAGGAGUUCCUGCGGAUGCUGAUACCUCCCCGAGAGAAGUGA